AAAAAAAAUGCGUGGAACCCGAGCAGCAGUACAAAAUUGUUUUCCGAGUCUUCUUGUUGCUCAACACUCUAAUGGCGUCAGUUUUUUCGCUCUCUCGCUCCGUUCACCCAAUCCUCAAACACCCGACUCGGUUCCUGACUCAGUCUCCCCAUUUUGCCCUCAAUCGUCCUCUUAAAUCUCGUCCCUGUCCCGUCUGGUCCGCUUCUUUCUCCUUCUGCCUCUCUUCUUCUUCGUCCUCCUCCUUCUCUACCUCUUCUCUCCCCGUCUUGUCCCUCUCCCAUUCCCCUCGCCGCUACUCUUCCUUUACUCCCCUUCCUUCCCCGCCAUCUGCCAUGGCCGCCGCCGUCGCUGCUGCCGCGGAUGUUGAGAACCCUCUUUUGAAGGACUUCGAGUUCCCUCCGUUUGAUUCCGUCGAGGCCGACCAUGUCCGUCCUGGGGUUCGCGCUCUGCUCAAGCAGCUCGAGGAUGAUCUGGAGGAACUGGAGAGGACCGUGGAGCCGACUUGGUCGAAGCUGGUGGAACCGUUGGAGAAGAUUGUCGAUAAAUUGACCGUUGUUUGGGGCAUGGUUAAUCACCUGAAGGCGGUCAAGGAUACCGCUGAGCUCCGGGCUGCUAUCGAGGAAGUUCAGCCCGACAAAGUCAAGUUUCAGCUCAGGUUGGGACAGAGUAAACCCAUUUAUAAUGCUUUUAAGGCCAUUCAGGAAUCUCCCGAGUGGCAGCAUCUCAGUGAUGCUCGGAAGCGGAUAGUUGAGGGCCAAAUAAAGGAGGCGGUCCUCAGUGGUGUUGCUCUAGAGGACGAGAAAAGAGAAGAGUUCAAUAAAGUUGAGCAGGAACUGGAGAGAUUGUCUCAAAAGUUCGACGAGAAUGUGCUGGAUGCCACAAAGAAGUUUGAAAGACUUGUCACGGAUAAGAAAGAGAUUGAAGGAUUGCCUGCUACUGCACUUGGGUUGGCUGCGCAGACGGCUGUAUCCAAGGGUCACCCUGGGGCAACUUGUGAGGAUGGACCAUGGAUAAUUACAUUGGAUGGCCCUAGUUUUGUGUCUGUCAUGCAACAUGCUCGAAACCGUGGUUUGCGAGAAGAAGUUUAUCGUGCCUAUGUUACUCGUGCUUCAAGUGGAGAUCUGGAUAAUACACCAAUCAUUGAUCAAAUAUUAAAGCUUAGGCUGGAAAAGGCUAAGCUGCUUAACUAUAAUAAUUAUGCUGAGGUAAGCAUGGCAACCAAAAUGGCUACAGUUGAGAAAGCUCAAGAGCUUAUGGAAAAGCUGCGAUCGGCUUCUUGGGAUGCAGCUGUUAAAGACUUGGAAGAGCUUAAAUAUUUUGCCAAAAGCCAAGGUGCUGCAGAAGCAGAUGACUUGAGACACUGGGACAUCAGCUUUUGGGCAGAGAGGCUACGCGAGGCAAAAUAUGAUAUCAACGAGGAGGAGCUGCGGCCUUAUUUCUCAUUACCGAAGGUUAUGGAUGGUCUUUUCAAUCUUGCGAAAAAGCUCUUUGACAUAAAUAUUGAAGCAGCUGAUGGCCUCGCUCCUGUUUGGAAUACAGAUGUUCGGUUCUAUUGCAUCAAGGAUUCCUCAGGCUCGCCAACUGCAUACUUCUAUUUUGAUCCUUAUUCCCGUCCAUCUGAGAAAAGGGGAGGUGCAUGGAUGGAUGAGGUCGUUGGAAGAAGUCGUGUUCUGUCACGCAAUGGUACUAGUCCAAGGUUACCAGUAGCGCAUAUGGUAUGCAAUCAAACACCACCAGUUGGUGACAAACCAAGUCUUAUGACAUUCAGUGAGGUUGAAACUGUCUUCCAUGAGUUUGGCCAUGCUCUUCAACACAUGCUUACCAAGGUGGAUGAGGGCCUUGUUGCUGGAAUCAGGGGAAUAGAGUGGGAUGCUGUGGAAUUGCCUUCUCAAUUUAUGGAAAAUUGGUGCUAUCACAGAGAAACCUUGAUGGGCAUUGCGAAACACUACGAAACUGGCGAGAACCUACCAGAAGAGGUGUUCUUGAAGCUUGUGGCUGCACGAACAUAUCGGGCGGGUACCCUUAGUCUACGUCAGUUAAAAUUUGCAACAACAGAUUUGGAAUUGCACUUAAAUUAUGUGCCAGGAGGUCCGGAAUCUGUCUAUGAUGUGGAUCAGAGAGUCUCAAAGCGUACACAAAUUAUCCCACCUUUGCCAGAAGAUAGAUUCCUUUGUGGUUUCAGUCAUAUUUUUGCAGGCUAUUCCCCCUGCUCGUUUAUUGAUGUGAAGCUUUUGUUGGCCGCAGGUGGAUAUGCUGCGGGAUAUUACAGUUAUAAGUGGGCCGAGGUAUUAUCUGCAGAUGCUUUUUCAGCUUUUGAAGAUGCUGGAUUGGAUGACAACAAGGCUGUUCAAGAGACGGGACACAAAUUCCGGGAAACUGUUCUCGCUCUUGGUGGUGGCAAAGCGCCGUUGGAGGUGUUUGUGGAGUUCCGAGGGCGUGAACCUUCUCCGGAGGCGCUACUACGCCACAAUGGUCUGUUGGCAGCAGCUGCCUCUGCAUGAAGUGCUUCGCUUUCAUCCAAGUUGGUACUUGUGUCUACGUAAAUCGGUGGGGAGUUGGACCAGCAAAACAGGCUAUGUUUAAUUGAUGAGUACCUCUAACCUCUUUUUCAUAGAUGGGACAUUGUCCCGCUCCAGGAGGCCCUCUCUUUUCUGGAAAUGCUUCUGUUUUGAGUUUGGUAUGUUCUGUAGGAUUUCGACACGAAAACCCGGGGCAUGGAAUAACAUUAGUUUUAUAUUUUAUCUCUUGUGAGACGGUGGCAAAUUUACUGAUCAAAUGAAGACUACUCAUAUCGUAUUCAAAACAAGGUUCUUUAAUGGAUUUAUUACUCAAAACAGUCAA